AUUAUCAUAUGACUUGCAAUUACCAGAGAAUAGGAGUCACUUGAAAUUAUUCACAAAAUGAUUUCAUUAAUAUUAAACGGGGUAGAUGAAAUGGAGUAUUUAUUUAUUCCACGUAAAGUGAUGUAUAAGGCUUGGGCUGUUUGGACUGAAAUGAGAAUUUUUAGAAAAUACCGGCUAUGGAAAUUAUUCAAACGAUUACCAAAGAUACUGGACAAUUUUGUAGUACGAAAGCCGAAUAUUUCGGACGUGACAAUGAGCAUCAUGAAUACACAGAACGGAAAGAAGUGCAUCAAACAAUUACGAAUUGUUUAAAAUAUUCCAAAUUUGCCUUGAUCAUCGGUAAAUGCCUCAUAUUUCUCUGGGUAUAACAUAUCUCGGAGAGAGUCAUGGCGAUGUUGCUGCCAAUGGGAAAAGAUCAUUAUAAAAAUCUCGCUUCAAUAAAAUUCACCAAACAAAUAAAUACACAAUUGACAGGCUAGAUAUACGUGCAUCAGAAUGCCGCGAGCCCCCGCUGUAACCCACGACGAGGCUGUGGCACUUGUCGAAAAAUUUAUUGAUCAUUUCAAAACAUCAAAUGGUCCACCAUUCAGCUCACCAAUUUGGAAAGAAAUGAGUAAGGCUGUAGGGGGAAGGUGGCAGGCUACAAAUAUCUACAAUACCCUCCGACAGAACCGAAAUAAUAUUGUCACUGAGGCCAGGGCUAAUAAGGGAGUUUCUGUAAAGGAAACCCCUGUUGCUGACAUUGCAAAUCAUACAAUAGAUUCUACGUUUGAUGAGUCUCUACCACUUGAUGAAGAUAAUGACGAUCCUUAUGAAUUUGAACUGAAAGCAAAGGGACUCGAUGUGUUCAAUCUCUACUUUUCUCACGCAGUGUGGCAAGAGAUGCUUGGGACUCCAAUCCUGUAUAAUGAUGGAAGAGUUUACUCUAUCCUUGCACGAGAAAAGUGGGCGGGCCUCUUGUCCCUUAUUAUUUUCGAUCAAACACAGCUUCCCUGCGCCUACGUCUUCGAGAAUGCAAAAAUUUACAAUUCUCCUGAUAGUUUGCAUUACUGCCGAAUAACGGGACACUGUCGGAGCAAAGCAUGCGGGAAUCCACUUUUUUGCUACAUUGAAAAGCCCCCAGGAGAUGCCGAUAAAAUACAUAUGAUACUGAGGACUAAUGAAACUUAUUAUAAUGAGCAUGAGAACGUCAAGCGAGAACUGCGAGGAUGGUUAAGGCAGCAUGUAGGUGAAAAUGUAUAUUUUAUGGGAGCUGGAAAUUGGCAGAAAGAAGAAGCUGUGAGAGUGGCCCCAUUCGGUGGACGCGUAGGACCCAACAUCCCUAACAUGAAUGUCUUACGUAAGGGGAAGAAUGAGUUUAUAAACAGAAAAUAUGACAUAAAACCUGGUGAAGGGAAAGAUAUGGUGAAAACUGUGGAACAAAUGCGCUAUUCGGAACCCUACAAUAGUUUUAUUCAUGAAGUGAGACGGGAUAAGUUCUAUGUGUCCUACAGUACUUAUGGUCAGAUGCUUGCGUAUAAAAAAUAUUGUAAAUUAAUGGGGGAUGAUGCUGCUGUGGGAAUAGAUGGCACAGGGUCUCUGAUCAAGAAGUUUCGACGUUUGGAUGGAACUAAGGUGGGCCAUAUCUUUCUCUACUCAAUCACCAUAAAUCAUGGCGGACGUACGAUAGCCGUACAUGGAACGUUAACAGAGGGACAAGACGCUGACACUUUCACGUAUUGUCUUCGUCGCUGGGUGAAGUUGGGUGCUCCCACUCCUCCGCAAGCUUCAUGUGAUCGAUGGAGGGCUCUAAUGAAUGCUGUGUGUUCAGCCUUUCACGACAUGCCAAUUACAGUCUAUAUAGAAAUAAUGUUUCAGCGGGCUCUGAACCACCAUGAUGAUGUCAACUAUCCACCCAUUUAUUCCUUUUUACGUGACGAUGUAGCACACCUAAUGAUUCUUGUGACUAAGCAAGAAACUUUCAAGAAAAUCCCAUUUGCAACUGUCAGGCAUAUGUAUCUUUAUUGUCUUGCUCUUUUAAUUGAUGCACAGAAUCUUCAGCAGUUCAGAGAAAUCUUCUUAUUGACUCUCACAAUAGGUCUACACAAAUCAGACGAUACUGUGAUCAAAGCCAUUCCUGGGGGGACUGUCGCUCAAUGUAGGGAACAGUUGGAGAACUACAUUGCUACUCGUAAAUUCGCUUUUGAUGCUGAGGAGUUGACAGAAUAUGCGAUGAAAGCCUACAACACCGAGAAAGAUGAUUCUGGUGAAUUUAGGAACAGCGGGAAAAGUCCCAUCGCUGAUUGGAUCAACGAUCUUCGGAACACAGUAGAGUAUCCCAAAGAAAAAUGCAAUAAAGAAUCAGGGAAAUUGAACGUCUGUUACGCCAAAGAAUACAUUGAUUAUCUAGUUGACCUCGCCAUGGAAUUCUCAGUUUGGUCUGCAGCAGCGAUACCCCGGAAUGUUGGACACUCCACAACGGCUUUCACAGAAGGUUUUUUCAAUGAUUUGAAGCACCGAGUGAAAAAUCAUCCUGGGAGUAGUCGAGUAAAUUUGUUCCUCAAACGUAUGUUUGUCAAUAACUCCGCAGGUGUCACAUUUUUUGUAGAUGAAAACAGAAACACAGCCAGCAAAAAACCCCCAGAUCCACCAGGCGCACCCUCACAUUCACCAAGAGCACGAUCAACGUCUCCUACAGAGAUAUUAUUAAGAGUCUCCUACAGAGUCUCCUACAGAGAUAUUAUUGAGAUAUUAUUAAGAAUAUGUGAAGAAGUUAGGAAUAAUUACGCACAUGAUCCGUAUACUAUUUUAUUAUAUUUAAGAUUAAGAAUCACAGGAAUAUGA